AUGAUGAAGAUUUUUGUAAAGAUCCUUUUAGUUUCUCUUAUCAGUAACGGUGAAACAAAAUCUAUUCCAAUUAAAAAUUCUGAUAUAUCAUGCAUAGCAAGAUAUCUCAUUGAAAAUAAUGUGUUAAGUGAGACGGAAAUUAAAGAAAAGAUUGUGGAUUCAGCAGAUAACUGCAGCGACAAGAUUCAGUUAGCAAACAAGGAGUUUUACAGACAAUUGAGUAGGAAAACGAGUGGCGACAAACAAAUUGAUUCUUGUGCGAUUGCGACGUUGAAACAGCAUAAUGCGACGAACUUCAUAUUCAAAGAAAUCUUGACAUUCCAUCUAGAUGAGUCGAAAGAACUGCGCGUGUUGAAAGACUUAAAGACUUUGAAGGAAAGGCUGUUCAACACAGCAGAAGUUAUUUGCCGUCAUCAAGAUAUCUUCGCGCCAAACAUCAACGAGAAAUUUGACAACCUCGCUGAGAACAAUGUUGACAUAAACGAUAUUUACGAGUUCAACGAAAUUAAGUUCUGCGUAAGAAAGCAGAUCGUUGAGAAUGGUGUCAUUGAUAUCAAUGAAAAUAAAGUCGACAUCAGCCCCAGGAACAUUGAGAAAGAAGAUUUGGAGGAACUUGAUUGUAAGGAGGUUGUCGACGAUCUCUACAAUACAAUGAACCGAGAUAUUAAAGAAAUCAUUGAAGGUUCUCCAGUUGAACGAUAUGUAAAGACGUCAUGUGUGGUCAGAAAAGCAGAAAACUUUAAUUUCCUUGAGAAAAUGUUUUCUUUUGUCUUCUUAAUCCAUUCAGAUCUAUCAAAUCAGAAUAAAAAUCUGCUUAGAAAUAGAGCAGAUCAAAUGGAGCCGAGUGUUGCUCGGUACAUGCUUGAAUGUGUAAAUUUAUAUUGA